AUGGCUUUCGAGAAACCGCUUCCAGACGUGCCGUCGCGGAUUCCGAAUUUGACGACUCUGACGCUUGUUGCGAGUGCUCAUCUACACAAAUUCAUCCGGAAUUCAUUGAAGGAAGAGGGAGAAUUUACCGGCGAGCGCGAGGUAUGGGCAAAUGCGCUACAAGAUGCACUUCAUGAACUCGGUGCGGAUAUUUCACGAGGUGGUUGGUUAACUGGUAUCAAGCGGUCACGCACGGCAAGGCAGAAGGCGAGGCAAAGAAGAAGGGAGCAGGAGAAAAGAGAGUGUGUCGAACGUAACAGCAAGCGAAGAAUCGAUGAGAGGGACGCGGAGAAGGAACAGACGAACGACCUGGAACCAGGCUGCGUCCGUUUGGCGUCGAGCGAGACGGUCAAGGCUUUUCCUCGACUUCAUGCCGGUAAUAAUCGCGAGGCAGCGCUUUCCCAUCUUCGCGAGGCAGUCUCGAAACCAUUCCCGCCCUCGCCCAAACCUCCAGCGAGGCAUCUGUUGCUCACUGUUGACGCUUUCAGUUCUCCCACUGCCGUGCAAGAACGGGAGUUUCAUGUCGUGCGUGCUGGAACUGCCUGUCUGUUUGUGAACGACGUGUUCACCCUUCCGACGGAUGGUGACGACACGCCUGGUCGUGUGCUCUAUGGUCUGGACGAAUGGGAAGAUGCAGAAGAUGAAGACCCUGUGCAGAUCGUAGGAGGAACAUUCCGGUUUCGAGGUACCGUAUCGCCCGUUCAACACGAGUCGCUGUGCAAGGUCCUACGUCUAUCUAUAUUCAUGUACCUCUCGCUCGUGCUCGAGCAGCACGUCCUCUUCAAUUCACACGUGGAACUAAAUUUCCCGAAGCCCUCUUUCCCCACCGCUGCAACAGUCCCGUUUCCUGCAGGGCCGAAGUCGCCGCAAGAAGUCAAGGGCAGGGCGAAACACGAUUCCACCUUUACGUCGGGCCUAUGGUCUUUCUUCUCCAAGAAGACGGAGCAUCUGCUUACGCGGGCCGCUAACGUAGGCCCUUCUCUGGUUCGUCGUGGCUCUCUGGAACUUCCCUUGAUGCACAAGCAUGCCGCACCCUCACUCUCCACUACGUCCGACGACGGCGUAACUCCACGGCAACGGCAUUUUUCGUUCAUGUCCACCGUACCACCGCAGGCAUCGGGCGAGAGUGGCCCUCCAAAGCAGCCGGAGUUCACGUCCAUAGUCAAGCAUAUCGAACGGUGCAAAGACCUCUUGUCGACCUCUCCAGGCCUCAAGUUCGCUGUGCCGAGUGUGCUCGUUAGUCUGGCGAAGAAAGAGACCGCAGAUCCGACACGUAAACUGACGGGCGACGAGAAGGCUGCACUAUCGAGCAUCCUCGGCUGGGAAGGCAAGGAGACACUGGCGCAAGGCAUGACUGGCACGCCAGGAUUUGUGCGACACCAGGGGCUAUCGGUGUUGUACUCGCAACACAUCCCUCUCCCCCUUACAGUUUCGGCAGCCCCGAUGCUGGGCUCAUCUGGAACUUCGACGUCUUCCGCGCUGCAAACUUCUGCGCGGCCUGGAUAUUGCGGCACCUGGAGAAAGUGGAUCACCUAUCGGUACUACGGCCGCGAUAUUGGUGCGGACGAGGCACUCGGAGAGAAGAUAAUACAGAUGUGCAUUGAUGCAGAAGAUGCGUGCGAUAACCCCGACUGUCAUUUUAAGCGUGGCGAUCAUGAUUCCCGGUGGAUACAUGGCGGGGUGCGGAUCGUUGCAGCUGUCGGACGUCGUGGCGGUUCAACCGGCAAUUUUGCCACAGGAGAUGAGACCAUUCAGAUGUGGGAAGCUUGUGCGAUUUGCGGCAAAGAAUCACGAAAAGAGCAGAUGUUCGACGGAACAUAUUUGCUUUCCUUUGCCAAGUACCUGGAAUUGUUGAUUUAUUCACCGACUAUCUGUGCCUUCAGGACACCGCUAUGUGAACACACAACUUCUCAACCCGCAUCUACAGAUACCAUUUCCCCGAUGAGAUUGAUUAUCCUUCGCAAGUUUUCCUACAAAUCGCGCACGGUCACAUUCUCACAGACGACGAUCGAGGAUACCUUUGAGCUUCGAGUGCCAAGAUUUCAGAUCGUCCGACACAAGAUUGUCGAGAAGGCCCCAGAAGGUGCCGAUCUGAUAGAGCAGUCGAGAUUCGAGUUAUCUGGCGAAGACGAUAGACGGACUUUACGACGAGAGAUUAUGAAUUGGUGGCAGGGCCUAUCCGAACACAUGGACAAACUUGAGGAGAACUUCUUCCACGACGACGAUCACCCUCUCCACAAAGCCCUUCCGCGACUACCUUCAAGUGAUGAUGCCUACGAAUUUGAUGAUGCACACCUGGCGACUCCUAAGAGUCAUCCACGACGUCUCUCAUCUGGUGCGAUACCGCCUAUCACGCAGUCGAACCAGAAUGCUUCUGGUUCCGGGAAUCACACCCCGUCCGUACAUGCAACUGCCCCUGCAGGUUCCGCUUCCAAUUCCGUGUCAUCCUUUUCUACCGGCUCUUCGCAAUCCCAAGGGCCCGACUCCAUACAUCUGCUCUCUGGCCUGCGGCAUUCGUUUCAGCGGACUGAGCAGGCUCUCUACCUUGAGUUGUCAAGAACGUCCUCGUCCGCCCUGAACGAUGUGCGUCGUUCAUUCCUGACAGCUGCUCGAGGGGCAUCAAGACGUCUUGCUGCAUGGGAGCACAAACACUCAUCUCACCUUCCAAAGGGUUCAGCUCUGAGUGGCCCACCCUCAUUGUCUGAACCCGAGUGGUGGAAGACCGGCUGCCAUGCUGUGCCUGGCGGGAAUAUUAUUGUCAGAGAGAAUGACUGGGGGAGCAUCAUAGCCUUCACGCUAAGUUCGCAGGAUUACCUUCAGGAAUUGGCUAACAUGUCUGCACCUGGCCGCUUAGGCGUGCCAGUCCUGCCUUCGACUCCAGCUGACGCCAGACCAUCCUUCUUCAGUACUGGAGGCGCCUCGUUGAAACGUCUUAUCAGUGGCUCUGUUCCUCAGCUAGACCCUGAUGAAGAAGGUGUUAUGUGGCAGGAGCCAGAAGCUUAUUCUGCAGUCAUCAGUCGCAAGGAACAUCCUAAGGAUCCAACGUCCUUGAUGUCCCUUCGUGAGGUCCUUCGACAUAGCAAGGGCUUUGCCGAUGGUCAGGGGAGCCCAUCUGGAUCCAAAUUUGUUGCUGCUUUCUCGAAUACAAAGCCUGACCACCCUGUACCGUCCUCUGCGUACGCGAAACCUGAAGUAGAGCUAUCGAUGCAGGGUGCUGAGGGUAACGUCAGUGAGAUGUCGGAGGCUGUCGAAGCUGCGGGAAAAAUUCUGCACGAUCUAGAGACCAGCACGAAUCUCGCAGCAUCUUGGCAUAGUUCUGCAGCGACAUCCGAUACCACGCCAGUUACCACUUCAAGCUUUCUAGAGACUAAUAUCCGGCGGGGCAAAUCAUCUUCAAUUAUAUCCAGCGAUAGCCAAGGCACAGUCGGGGUUGUAAGCAGCAGUAGUUCUGCAACUCCUCCACCAGUACCACCCAAAGGUGCAAGCAGCUCAGCACAGGAUCAUCCCGAGAAAAAUAUGCAUCCCUUUACAGAUCACAUGCAGACUGUGCAAACAUCUCUGGCAAUGUCACUCACAAAUACUCUCACCAACGCCAUGCGCCUUAUGCUGAAGUCGGGCGAUGCGCCACAACCACCUCCACACCCGGCCCGUCACGCUUUGCUUGUGGUCGACUCGCCCGCCAUCGAUGAACGACCUCAUAUCAAGUAUGACUGGACGAUUGGCAAGCGGCUCCGAUUCAGCUGUACCGUCUAUUACGCAAAACAGUUUGAUGCGCUCCGCCGGCGGUGUGGGAUCGAAGACAUGUUCUUGAGAAGUUUGUCUCGGAGCGAGAAUUGGGCGGCCGAAGGUGGCAAGAGUAAGUCGAAUUUCUGGAAGACUACAGACGAUCAGUUCAUCAUCAAGACUUUGGUCAAUGCGUGGAAUGUCGCUGAUCUCCAGGUGCUGAUUGACCUUGGGCCUUCAUACUUCCGAUACAUGGAUGCGACUGCUAGUAAACCCACCGUACUUGCUAAGCUCCUAGGAUUUUUCACCGUAGAGAUCAGAAACCUUGAAAGUGGUACAACGCAAGCAAAGGCCGAUUUGUUAGUCAUGGAAAACCUGUUCUAUGACCAGAAUAUUGUCAAGACCUUUGACCUGAAAGGCAUCCAGGGUCGAAAAGUCAAAGCCUCAGCAAGUACUGGCUCUAAGACACUAUUUGAUGGCGAAUGGAUCGAAGGCCAACGACGGGCUUUGACCCUUGUGCACCCUCAUUCCAAAGUCGUCUUUCAAGAAGCAAUCAAGGCAGAUUGCGACUUCCUGGCACGAAGUAACGUCAUGGACUAUUCCUUGCUCGUUGGGAUCAAUGAAGAACGCAAACAGAUUGCUUGCGGUCUUGUGGACACUAUAGGUAGCUAUACGUUUGCGAAAACGCUCGAGUACAAAGCCAAGCAGGGCCUGAGUGCUGGGAAAGAAGUAACCGUGGUGCCUCCACAUGAGUAUCAAGAACGAUUUGUCAGCGCCAUGAACGACUACUUCUUAGCAUGUCCAGAGAAGUGGUCGCGGCCGCUCGACGACACCAAAGUCCCAAGCGGCUACCAGGAACUUCCAAGUGUAUUAUAA